CGUGCGUCCCGCGAGUGUCCGGACACCGCUGACCCUCAUCACCUUCUCCGUUCGCCUGGAAGCAGGAUUCCUCGGGAUAACGACGAGUUUUGUGUCGGUGGCGAUGGUGAUUGGCAGAUGAUCUGACAGAGGAAGACAUCAGACGCCGUCUCCGUGCUGGUUAUUAUGGGGUGUGUCUGUUGCAAGCAGAAGAAGUCCACCAAAGCAGCAGCAACAACAUCAGCAACAGCAGUAGACAUUACAGAUCUGUCUCCUAGCAACGCAGAUGGAGGGUUGUCCUCAGUCUUGACUCAGAGCCAUCAGACCAUCCCAGACUUCAACAAGGGCUUCGCAUGCAGCACCAUCUUCCCCAACACCAACACACACCAACGGCCUGGAUGCAUAACGGGUGGUGGAGUCACUCUCUUUAUAGCUCUGUAUGACUAUGACGCUCGCACUGAAGAUGACCUCACUUUCCAGAAAGGAGAGAAAUUUCAGAUCAUUAACAAUACAGAGGGAGACUGGUGGGAGGCUCGAUCUUUGGACACUGGCAACUCAGGUUACAUCCCCUCCAACUACGUAGCUCCUGUCGACUCCAUACAGGCUGAGGAGUGGUAUUUUGGGAAGAUGGGGAGGAAGGAUGCGGAGAGACAGCUGCUGGGCCAUGGCAACCAGAGGGGAACUUUUCUCAUACGAGAGAGCGAGACCACCAAGGGUGCUUAUUCUCUGUCUAUCCGUGACUGGGAUGACAACAAGGGAGACCAUGUGAAACAUUACAAGAUCCGCAAACUAGACAACGGUGGCUACUACAUCACCACGAGAUCACAGUUUGACACUGUUCAGCAGCUGGUAGAGCACUACACAGAGAGAGCGGCGGGACUGUGCUGCCGUUUGAUUGGCAGCUGUAAACGGGGCAUGCCUAAGCUGGCUGACUUAUCAGUGAAGACCAAGGAUAUGUGGGAGAUUCCCCGUGAAUCCCUCCAGCUGAUUAAGAAACUGGGCAACGGCCAGUUUGGAGAAGUCUGGAUGGGCAUGUGGAACGGCACCACCAAGGUAGCAGUGAAGACUCUGAAGCCAGGAACCAUGUCCCCCGAGGCCUUCCUGGAGGAGGCUCAAAUCAUGAAGAGACUUCGCCACGACAAGCUGGUGCAGCUCUACGCCGUUGUGUCGGAGGAACCUAUCUACAUUAUCACUGAGUUCAUGAGCCAAGGAAGUUUGCUGGACUUCUUAAAAGAUGGAGAGGGGCAAAGCCUGAAGCUGCCUCAGCUGGUGGACAUGGCUGCACAGAUUGCAGCUGGAAUGGCGUAUAUCGAGAGGAUGAACUACAUCCAUCGUGACCUGCGAGCAGCUAACAUUCUCGUUGGAGACAAUCUAGUGUGCAAGAUCGCUGACUUCGGCCUGGCCAGGCUCAUUGAGGACAACGAGUACACAGCUAGACAAGGGGCGAAGUUCCCCAUCAAGUGGACCGCUCCAGAAGCUGCACUGUAUGGACGCUUUACCAUCAAAUCAGAUGUCUGGAGCUUUGGCAUCCUACUAACUGAACUCAUCACUAAGGGACGUGUACCAUACCCAGGCAUGAACAACCGUGAGGUGCUGGAGCAGGUGGAGAGGGGCUACAGGAUGCCCUGUGCCCCCGGUUGCCCCGCCUCGCUCCAUGAACUGAUGCUGCAGUGCUGGAGGCGGGAGGCCGAUGAGAGGCACACUUUCGAGUAUCUGCAGUCCUUCCUGGAGGAUUACUUCACCGCCACAGAGCCGCAGUACCAGCCCGGAGAAAACCUGUGACCACACACUUGUAGGACAGACAUGGAGCAACAAAUGGAAAAACAGAGGCAGACAGACAGACCUAUACACAAAUACACUGACAGACAUGUUGUAGUAGGCUAAAUGUACAUGCUGUCAUUGUAUUUGUGCUCACAUACCCUAAUGGAAAGACAUACAUAUGCACACAUAUAACACACGCAUAUGAACAUACAUAUCAUUGCCUUGUUUAAUUGUUUCCCUUUGGUCAUCGAUCACUGCAGCCCGUUCAGGACAGAUCAGUCAACCAUGCUGAAGAGCAGAGUCGGAGCUCUGCUGAUCAGGCCUUGCAGUAAUGUUGCUUUACUCUGUAACCAUGACAACAAGGCCCUGAAAGAAGAUGUAGAUGGUUGGGCUGAGGUGGGGGGAAGUCGAGUUGGUACAUGAUGUGUUCUGCUACCAUAUAGGUUUAUCUCUCUCUCGCUGAGAACAGUGUUUUAGUAGAUUAACUAUUUACCUGAGAUAAAUGCAGUGUGUUAUUAUAGAAAUGAAAGCAGAUGCAACAGGUUAUUAGGCAACAGCUGGAAUGCUGUUUUUGAAAAAUGUCAGAAUGAACCUCAUGAACCUGCGUGGUCUCUGAGUAGAUUAUGUACAGACACGGGCUCUUCUAUGUAAGCUUUAAGAAGAUUGACGUUCCUCCGGUAACUGAACAAAGGACUGCUGUAAACCGUGUCAUGUUAUUUACAUAAGAAGUCUUUUAACCUGUGCCUUAAAGUGGUCAAAUUAAGGGCUGUUUUAGAUUUCUAAGUACCUUUUAUACUGUUUUAGCAAAGUCUGAGAGAUGGUAAGGAAUGCUCUUUGUUUGUCAAAUAUUUUCUAUGACAAUUUUGUAUGAACUGUCUCUGUUUUAAUUUAACACAGAUAUAUCUGUGCAUCACAAAGAUUAUAACUAGUUAGCAUGUAUGCAGUUUCCAUCCAUUGGGAGGGCAGGGUGAAAUGUUACACAUAAAGGGCAAAGAUUAAUGUCACUGGAGAGAUAGUUGUAUUUUCGUGAUAAGAAUGUAACCUUUGUGUUCAGAUUCUCCUGUCAUGUUAUUUUAAUAAAGAUCAGAUAUCUUUCCCAAGUUAAGGCAUGUCUCUUAUUCUAUGUGUAUUUGAACAAUAGGUGCUGUUUUAAUUGGUGUUUUCUCACAAAUAACAAAGACAGCAACCAUCACAUAGAAAAAAUCAUGAUUAUAUGGGAAUGAUUCUUCUUUAAUGUGAUUUUCCUGAAACAAAAGGCUGACGUGAAGAAGCAUUUCUUUGUUUUACCUUUCAAGCAAAAUGUCCUAUUUUCCCUGUUCACUCAGAAAGUGGAACUGAUCAAAAAAAUAAUAAUAAAAACAAUCUUGAGCCAAUUCAAUAUAUGUU